AUGUGUGAUGUGAUGGCUCAGGUUGGCAUAGCUGUAGAUGGAGGGAAGGAUUCUCUCAGCAUGGCAGCCAGAGUUGGCUCAGAAACUGUGAAGGCUCCAGGGUCUCUUGGUGAUCUCGGUGUAUGCUGUGUGUCCGGAUAUUACUGCCACCAUCACCCCGGACCUGAAGAACCCUGGCAUGGGCAGCAUCCUCUUGUAUGUUCCCAUUAGUCCCGGUCGGCACCGGUUGGGUGGAAGUGCCAUAGCACAGUGCUAUUCACAGCUGGGAGAACACUCUCCAGAUCUGGAUGACCCCCAGACAUUGGUGUCCUGCUUCCAGGUCACUCAGAAGCUUCUUAGAGAUCGCCUCCUGAGUGCGGGACAUGAUGUCAGUGAUGGCGGUCUCAUCACGUGUCUCCUGGAGAUGGCGUUCGCUGGGAACUGUGGACUGGAUGUUGAAUUCUCUUCCCCAGACGUUAGCGUACUGGACCUGUUAUUCGCAGAGGAAUUGGGGCUGGUACUGGAAGUCCCGGAGGCGGAACAUGAACGUGUUAUAGAGCAGUACCGAGUGUCUGGACUGCAGUGUGUAAAGAUUGGACGCGCCCAUGGGAGAGGACCUACUUCCAUUGUCAGAGUUUGUGUGAACGGGGUGGAAGUGCUUCGGGAGGAGGUGGGGGACACUGAGGGCCGUGUGGGAAGAGACCAGCUUCCAACUGGAGCGUCUACAAGCCAAUCCCAGCUUUGUGUCUCAGGAGGAGGCGGGACUUAUCCGACGAGAAGGACCCAAGUAUCAGCUGACCUUUAACCCCAGUGAAAAGCUCCCUCUGAUAGCUGAAGCUGGUCUGGGAUGUCACCAUGGAAGAUCUUCUAUCAGGAAGCUGCACACUGGACAUCUUCCGGGGUCUGGUGUUUGUUGGGGGGUUCAGCUAUGCUGA